AUGGCGCCUCAAUGUUCUGCACCCUUCAUCACCACUGUAAACCGUUGGUACAUCGAUACCCGACCCUAUGUGCCCCAGCCGCACAAUCCCAAAUCACUCCACUCUCUCCCUCUGCUCUCGACCUUACAGCAUUCCGAUGAGGAGGCCAUCACCCGAUUUAUUCGCCCCGCUGACCGCUUCAUGUCCCUGGCAAGCGCGCUGCUAAAGUACACAUUCAUCCACCGCCGUGCAAAGAUCCCCUGGUCUGAGGUUCAGAUUUCACGGACACCAGCCCCUCAUCGACGUCCGUACUGGGAACCCCCCGAGAACUGGUCCACCACUGACAUAUACGACGACAGCGAGCCCACGGACGGAGAAUCUGGCCGGAUAAAAGGUCUCGAAUUCAACGUGUCUCAUCAAGCCGGGCUCGUCGUCAUCCUCGGCUGUUCCACGCCCACUCCCCAGCUUCCUUCAUCUACCAUUCCAAACCCCGGCCCAAUUUCUCCAACGGUUUUGGAUUCUCUGGCGCAAAUAGAUCUCGCCAGCCACCCAACAUGCACAGCGUUCGACAACCCCGAUUUAAUCCGCUUGGGAGUGGAUAUAGCUUGCACAAACGAAGACAAGCGCACCCCCAAGGACCUGACCACGCAGUCCAAAUUUGACGAGUGGAUUGAAAUUUUUGCUGAAAUGUUCUCCGACCGCGAGAGACGACACAUGCGUCAAAUGCCGAUCCACAUCCCCAUCAAAGAGCGCGAUGAAGGCGAGUGGGAGAGCGAUUCGAGCUCGUCGUCGGCUGCCUCUUCGCCAAUAGAUGGACCCAGCAGCGGGAACUCCAAGCGCUUCCAGAAUCACGAGGCCAGGAUCAUCAAUAUGAAGCUGCGCCGAUUUUAUGCGUAUUGGGGUCUGAAGGAGGCGUAUAUUAAGAUGGUGGGCGAAGGAUUGCUGGCAAGCUGGCUGAGAGAACUCGAAUUCCUCGACGUGCAUGCUCCUCCUCCUCCGCCGUCACUCAAGCCUGGUGGGCGCCCGUCGACAGCCUCGCACUACCAACCCAAAAACAGCAGUAAUACACACAGCAUUAUAGAGUCCCAAGGCAUGCCACUUCCUGCUUCCGCCGAUAUCUAUGCGCACAGGAAAUCCCUGGCGAACAUCCCCUCCGUACCUCCAGUGGACGCGUCCAUUUCCAGUGGUGAUCAUGCAGCAGCCGCAGCCGCAGACAUGCACGCUAAGCGCGAGUCUGCAGAGUAUACUCUCCCACCUCCCGGCUCAUCAUCUGGCGCGCACCGUCGAACAUCGUCGAUACCUGCUGCCGACAUGUAUGCACAAAGAAGACCAUCGUUUGUAUCCCCAAUAGAAGGCAAACCAAGGAAGCUCUCCAUACUCGCCACCACAUCAGCUCCAUCCCAUGCUCACUCACGCAACCGUUCCCGCGACUACCUCUCUCCCUUCGCAGACUCCCCCAGCACGCCUUCCCUUCUCGAACCACAACUCCCGGCGCCCUCCUCGCCCAACGGCACUGGCACGGGACAUCAUCCCUCCCCCGUCGAAACGGCGAAAUGGACACCUCCACACCAAGCUGAAAGGGGCAUGACUACCCUGCUUCACGGCAAGCGAGUUGAAGACGUGCAGAUCGAGCUCGUGGCGUAUGACCAGGACUUUAUGAUCGCGUCUGCCAUGAGAGGCGUCAAGGAAAGGCCGAUCUCUGGCAGUGAUGGUGGUGCAGGCUGGGGGGAAGGGAGGGGAUGGUGGUUGAGGUUGGAUAUUGAGCAGGAUAUUAGACCCUGUGCGGAGGGCUGGUGUAGCUGUUUAGAAGUAUAG